GUAGUAGGUUCUCUACGCGUAUUUUGUUUACAGUUUAAAAUAAAUUAAAAUGAGUUCACGUUGAAACUAGAAAUGCAUUUUAAAACAAAAUUCAGCAAUAGGCAUACUUAAGGGGUUCUUUUGCUCGUUUUUUGAAACGUUGUCACUUUACGCGGAAGAAUACAUGCUCUGCUGCUGUCUGACGCGGGGCGCGAUUUCAACAAGUUUUCGAAUGUUGUGCCUGUUUUAACAGUGUUUUAAUGAAUUUUAUGUUGUAUACAUUUAUCACUUUCGCCAGUUUUACAAGAGCAUGGCUGCCAUCGAGAUGAACACCACCACCACUGGGGGAGUUACAGAGGUGACCAUGAUGCCCUCCUCAGAACAGGAUUGCACUGAUGCUUCAAGUGACACUUUGCCGCCAUUGAAUUUCUUGCACAUCACACCUUCACAUUUUGGCAUCUCUGUGCAGAGUUUCACUCCAGUGUCCUCGCUAUCAAAGUGCAAAGAUAAAUCUCGUCUUGCAGAAUUGAAGGCAAGGCGACGGUCAAGUGUCGGAGUCAGGGGAUCUCCAACAACAAACUCCCUCAUUCGCUUCAUGGCACAGCAGAAGAUGAUGACGCCACCAGCCCAACGAACUGCAGAGUUUGUCCAAAGUAGUCACUUCCUUUCCCAGCCCACUUCCACCCUGAGGCAGAAGAUGGCCUCCUUCCAAAACCUGAUUGAAGCUGAGGAAACUGAAGUCUGUGAUCUGAUGUCAAAGCAGGACAGCGACACAAGAGGAUGCAUCAAGACAAGAGUUGAUCUGUCCGAUGUGGAAUGUCCUGAUGGAGAGAAGGAAAAUCAUCCACCCAGCAAGAAGAAGAGGCUUGUGGGUCCUUGUGAGGGCUGCGAGGUGGAGAUUAGCAGGGCCAGCUCUCCCAUCCUCCACACCACUUUGAAGGAGCAGGAGGAGAGCUGCUAUGAACGCUCCGUCCGACAGCAGCAUGAGAACCCGGCAACGACCCCACCAGCCCAGCCUGCCUCUCUCUUCCCUUCCGCUCUGGAGAUGAAGCCCACAGGUGGGAACAACUCUUCUGACACCACUGUUAUUAAAAAGAAGAAGAAGCAGGUGCGCUUUGGAGGUCCACUUUCUCCUCAGGUUUUUGACCAGUCCAUGCCCCCCAACACCCCGUUACAGAAGGGGGGUACUCCGGCCCGGCCACCCACACCAGGUGAAGGCCUUCAACCACGCUCAGUGCUGAAGACGCCUCAGUGGAAUGGACCACAGUCGCCCCAAACUCAACCAGAUUUCAGUCCCACUGUGUUUGGGGCCUCACCAACACUUGUGAUGCCACGCUGUGCAAGAAUGAGAUCUGUAGGAGGUGAUGAUGCAGAGUACUAUGGAAAGAUUCCUUUGCUGUCUUUUGAAGAGGUUGACUGUGCUGUGAUCAACAAUACAGAAUCUAGCUCAGACCCAGAGCCGCUAAAUUUAGGGGGCGACUUCCAGAAGGAGUCCAUUUCUCAAACCUUGUCAGAUGUUCUGUCUGGUUCUGAGGUCGCAUCCAGCCUGCCCCCACAACUGCACAGUGCGGACGAGCUUCCAUUCCUGCCCAUGAUGAAGCAGCUCGACUUUGACGUUCAAGCUGAGUCUUGUACCCAGAAGAAAAAGUUGGAACCAGAAUGUGAAACUGCAACUGAAACUGAAACUCCAACUCGGCCCAGCAUGCAAAAGAGAAAGCGAGAACAGAUUGAACCUGUGAAGAGGUCGUCACGCACUGCAGCCAAGUCGGCCUGCGAGAAGAUGAAGAAGACCUCCAAACAGACGUGCCAGUGGCGCAAAGCUGUGGACCGCUCGUUAUACGGGGCUCGGAAAUUUGCCUCAAAGAACCCAGACCUGAGCCCGAUCACAGAGAGCUUGUUCUUCCUCGGCCCGUCUUCUUCAUGCAGAUGGUCUCCUUCAAAGAGUUACACAGCGACCUCACAUCAGAACCUACAGCGUCCUGAUGUGUCCGCGCCUGUGGCUGCAGAGCUGACAGACAGCAGUUCGUCAUUCACAGACAACACUCAUGACGUAAGUGACGUCUCAUUAUCCCACUUCAAGACAAGAAGCAAAGCAGGGAGAAAAAGGCGGAGCUCCGGGCCGAGCAAGGCGGCAAAAGGAGGGAGAAGGAAGAUGAGUGUUAUGGAGGAGCUGAGUGAGGAGUCCGGUGACCAGCAGGAGACAGAAAAACAGACACACGAGGUCUGUGAGUUUCAGUCUGCUGCAAACGUAGACAGAUCAGAGGACACACCACCAGAACCCACUGCAGCCCCAGGCCAGCGUGCUGAGCCUCGUCCCCAGACUCCAGUGAGCACUGAUGACACCGCCGCAGGUGUCACAGGUCAUGAUGCAUCCACCUCUGUCUGCUCACCACUAGGUGCCAUCUUGAGCAACAUUUCAGCAACGCUAAGCAGCCAAAUACAGUCAGCACAGACAGACGGUAAGUCCACCCCGAGCAGAGGAACACACAGUAGGAGAUCUAUGUACAGGCCACACCCACAAGAGCAGGAGAACCAGCCAGAGCCGCAAGUGGCCAACGAGGUCGUGGAGCAUGAGCGUGACCCCGACACCCCACCAGAGGUGGGGUUAGCUGGUUUAGGCCUUGCCCCCUGGCAGGCUGACUUCAAUCUUGAAGAUGUGUUCAAGCCUGUAGCUGCAAGAGGGCAGCGCUCAGUGCGCCGCAGCCUGAGGAACCAGAACAACACAGAUGAUGGCGCCACCAGUUCAGGUCUCACCUGGUUGCCCUGGAUAUCUCCCGACGUGACAAAAAAGAGCCGCAGGAGGACAAGGGGCCGGCGCAUCAGUGACGCCACACCAGUCCAGCCGGAGCUCCUCCAGGAGACACCAGACGACCCUCCGCUGGACAGCCUUUACGUGUCACUCUCAUGAGACACUCUCAGCUUCUUCUGGUUAGUUCACAUAACAUUGUGAUGCUCGUCUGUGCCGUUAAAUUAAAAGGCUGCAGUUUGGUUUUUAUUGCAAAUGUUAAUUAUUGAGUUUCUGAGUCAGUUCUCACAGCCAAAACAGUAACCAACCGCGUUUCCUUCCAGUAACCAAGUCACCCAGCACACCGUCCUCUGUGCCGCUCGGUACCCAGCCACCCACGUGGUCAGCUUACUGUCACUCUCACACUCUGCUGUUUUUGUUUUGUUUGUCUAGUGUUGUUUACUGGAAGGAAACGGUCUGACCGCGGUGAGGAAGCAGUGUGACGUUUCCCUCUGCAGCCGUCCUCACUUCUGCUUCAUUGAAAUUUUAUCCUUUUUUUUAAGAUCCUGUCAAAAUGCACGAAUAGGUCCAAUCAGAAUAAAAAUGUUCACAAAAUACCUGAAACUAAAAAUGCUGUUUUAAUCAGAAGUGUUAACGAGCUUCAUGAAAAUAUGUCAGUGUUUUGAUUUUGAUUAAACACGUUGGUUGCAUGUAAAACCACCA